UUUUUAUCAGGUACGUGUGGCUUAAUUUAAUAUUACUAAUUCGUGGUUUUCAAUUUUCAUUUAAAAUCAAAAUUUCUAAUCAGUAAAAUCUGCAUUCUGCAUUUCGCCGGCUGGUUGCCACUGAUAAAUAGUAAAGACGACAAAGUUAUAAUCAUAAAGUACUCGUGGAAUUUGUUUGUAAUUUACAAUGGUUUUUACAACGGCAAUCAUGAUGGUGAGAAGUAGAGGCCCAGAUGAGUUUUGGAGGAAAAGGAAAAUUUUCAAAAUUGCUGCUCACUUUUCCGGUCGUCGAAGAAAUUGCUAUUCUAUUGCUAUUAAGGCGGUUCACCGUGCUCUUCAAUUUGCUACAAUUGGACGGACCGUGCGUAAAAGUGAUAUGAUUGAUUUAUGGAACACUCGCAUUAAAGCUGGGUGUGAAGAACACGGGGUUGAAAUAAAUAAUUUCAAGGAUAGUUUAUCGAGAUGUGACAUACACUUGAACAAGAAAGUUUUAGCUGAUUUAGCUAUUUGGGAACCUAACUCUUUUAAAGCACUGUCUGAUCUAGCAAAGUCUGUAGCGAUUGAUUAUAACUUACCAGGUACUGAAAAAUAUGACAAGCCAUCAAAUGUAGUCACAAGAGGUUUAUUGAAGAAAUAAUUUUGUUUUAUAUAUUUUUUUUUAAAUGAAUCAUAAAACCUUAAAUAAUUUUGUAGAAAUAGAAAUAAAUGUUAUUUGUAAAAAACCUA